AUUGAACAACCUCAAAUAUCUUCUCCGUUCAAUCCUACCAUCUUGCUACUUUCAGCAAUUCAAUGCACUAAUAAUUGUUUUUCUUCUUCAGACGUGGAGUGAAUAAUACAAUUCUCAUCGGUGGAUUACUCCUGUGUCGAGACCAGCAAACCACUCCACCAGGCCCGACGAUCAAAAUACAAGCUCUCAUCACACUGUAUUUGCCCACAUUAGCAUACGACCUUAGAGAUGCCCCGCAAAAUUUCGCUCCCCUUCACCAACAACACCAGCAUGCCACAGACAGACAAGGGUGGCGAAAGAAGUUCGCAAUCCAAAGGCAACCGCCUCUCGAACUUCUUCUCGCCUUCGCCCCGGUCUUCCCAGCAGCUGUCGGCUCAACAGGCUCUCAUGGCCGUCCACAACGGCUCCACCCCGUCCGUCACUGCUCCUAGUCUAUCGCUGCCUACCAUCUCGCUGUCCACGGCUACUGCUGGCGAGCCUAACCUCGAUGAGCCAAACACGACCCUCUUCCAGCCCCCUUCCUCCGAAGAAGUGUCGCGCAAGAGACGCUUCGACGCGCAAUUCGGUCCCUUGGUCCAUCCCAGUCAUCGAUAUGUGAGCAAGCACCACGGAGAGGGCUUGACGGCGCCGGUCAUCGACGACCCGCCCUACUACUUCGUCCUCACCACCUACAUCAGUUACCUACUACUCAUCGCCCUCGGCCACAUCCGCGACUUUUUCGGCAAGCGGUUCAGCAAGAAGCAGAUGUACAACACUCUCCAAGCAGCCGGUGGCUAUGCGCCUUUGACGGACGACUUUGAUAGUUUCUACGUCCGACGAUUGAAGAUGAGAAUCGACGACUGCUUCGCCAGGCCCAUCAUCGGUGUUCCCGGUCGCUACAUGUCGCUCAUGGACCGCGUGUCGGAUGAUUUCAACGCCUCGUACCGCUACACGGGCACCCACACCGAGACGCUGAAUGUGAGCUCUUACAACUACCUCGGGUUCGCCCAAUCCGAAGGUCCUUGCGCCGACGCCGUGGAGGAGUGCAUCCGCAAGUACGGUGUCAGCUUCUGCAGUCCUCGCGCCGAUGCGGGAACCUCGGAUCUCGUAAUCGAGGUCGAACGCGAAAUUGCCGCCUUCGUGGGAAAGCCAGCUGCCAUGAUUUUCUCAAUGGGCUUCGUUACCAAUGCAAGCUCGUUCCCUGCUUUGGUUUCCAAGGGCUGCCUGAUCAUCUCCGACGAAUUGAAUCAUGCCUCUAUCCGAAUUGGAGCCCGUUUGUCCGGUGCCGUCAUUCGAUCAUUUCGCCACAACGACAUGGACGACCUGGAGAGCCGAUUGCGCGAGGCCAUUGCGCAAGGACAACCACGCACGCACCGUCCCUGGAAGAAGAUUCUCGUAGCCGUUGAAGGCCUGUAUUCGAUGGAGGGUACUAUGUGCGAUCUGCCCGGAAUUCUCCGACUGAAGGAGGCCUACAAAUUUUUCCUAUUCGUUGAUGAGGCCCACAGCGUCGGAGCUCUUGGACCCAACGGACGCGGUGUCUGCGACUACUUCGGAAUCGACCCAGCCAGAGUCGAUAUUCUCAUGGGAACCUUGACCAAGUCCUUCGGUGCCAAUGGCGGCUAUGUUGCUGCUGAACCACACAUCAUUGCUAAGCUGAAGAGCACGAACGCCUCAACCCUGCUGGGCGAAUCCCCUGCCCCUGGAGUCCUCAUGCAAAUCAUGGCUUCGCUCAAACUGAUCACCGGAGAAUUAUGCCCAGGCCAGGGUGAGGAACGUCUGCAGCGCAUUGCCUUCAACUCUCGAUACCUACGACUUGGUCUCAAGCGACUUGGGCUUAUUGUGUACGGCCACGAUGACUCCCCUAUCAUCCCUGUGCCUCUUUACCACCCCGGCAAGAUGUCCGCUUUCAGCCACGAAAUGCUCAAGCGCAAGAUUUCUAUCGUUGUUGUCGGAUACCCUGCUACCCCACUCAUCAGCUCCCGUGCCCGCUUCUGCGUGUCUUCAGCACACAACAAGGACGACAUGGACCGGCUGCUGGCUGCUUGCGACGAGGUUGGAGAUAUCUUGCAGCUGAAGUUCUCGACCGGUAUCGCCGGCGGACAAAGAAUCCCCGAAGGCGUCACUCCGGAAGACGAAGCACAAUGGCGCAAAGAGAACGGCCUCGAGCGUACUUUCGAAGCCCCGAGGUGGCCUCUUGAGGAUGUCAUCGCAGCUGGUGCUGUCGACUGCAAGUCUAAGCUGCGCUGAAGGGAAUAAUCCAUUGCUGUUGCAUU